AUUUCAGCGCCGACCUUUGCUCUCGUGUUCCAGACAUAAAUCUCUCUGCUCUGGGAUCUGAAACAUUUCAGCUGUGAGAUAUCCGAUUGCUUUGUAACAAUAGGAGAGGAGCCAACAGUGGGUGUCACUGGCACAAGCCAAGGAAAUGCUGGAGCCCAAUCAACUGUCAACAGAACAGAACCAGCCGCUGAUUCGCUGAGAGAAAUCCUUGGGCAACUCAUUCUGCAGGAGGUUUAGUUUCUACAUAAACACAGUGUGCAGCCAGGGGCUCAGUGAUUGGGGGAGACACAAACCACCUGCAGAUGGUGCAGCCCGGGUCAGAAUUAGCUUAGUCCAGAUGUCUCACCCAUUGCUUGUGGGUAUGUGAAGGCUGCGCAUAAAGAAGGAGCUGUGGUUUGGGGGACGUCGGACACUGGGGAUGAUCCAAUGGCCGACCAAAGAAUGGAUAUCUCCUCCACAAUGAACGAUUUCAUGUCCCCAGGCUCCAACGACCUCAUAUCCAGCUCCCUGGGCAUGGGAGGGAUCGACUGCAACCGCAAAAGGAAAGGGAGCCUGAGCGAUUAUCAGGCCGAUGGCUUCCCAUUUGAUGAGGGGAUGGAUACAGACAAGGAUGACCCCCAUGGAUUGUUGGAGUUUACAGAGGGGCGGCUAAGAAAUGCCAGGGAAGCUCACAGUCAGAUCGAGAAAAGGCGGAGAGAUAAAAUGAACAGCUUCAUCGAUGAGCUGGCAUCUCUGGUUCCCACGUGCAACGCCAUGUCCCGGAAGCUGGAUAAACUCACUGUGCUGCGCAUGGCCGUCCAACACAUGAAAACGCUGCGAGGUGCUACCAACCCCUACACAGAGGCAAACUACAAGCCUUCGUUUCUGUCGGAUGACGAGCUCAAGCAGCUGAUUCUCAGGGCGGCAGACGGAUUCCUUUUUGUGGUCGGCUGUGACCGAGGGAAAAUCCUCUUUGUUUCAGAAUCCGUUUUCAAGAUCCUUAAUUACAGCCAGAAUGAUCUGAUUGGCCAGAGCCUGUUUGACUACCUGCACCCUAAAGAUAUUGCCAAAGUUAAGGAGCAGCUCUCGUCCUCUGACACUGCCCCCCGGGAGAGACUCAUCGAUGCAAAAACCGGCCUUCCAGUAAAAACCGAUAUCACGCCGGGGCCCUCUAGGCUUUGCUCCGGGGCCCGCCGCUCCUUUUUUUGUCGCAUGAAAUGCAACAGACCUUCAGUGAAAGUAGAAAACAAAGACUUCCCAUCUAACUGUUCCAAAAAGAAAGCAGACCGCAAGAGCUUUUGCACUAUACACAGCACUGGAUAUCUCAAAAGCUGGCCGCCGACAAAAAUGGGGCUGGACGAAGAUAAUGAACCAGACAACGAAGGGUGCAAUCUCAGCUGCUUGGUUGCGAUUGGCCGGUUGCACCCCCACAUAGUGCCACAGCCCGCCAAUGGGGAGAUUCGAGUCAAAUCCACAGAAUACGUAUCGAGGCACGCUGUAGACGGGAAGUUUGUUUUUGUAGAUCAGAGGGCAACUGCAAUCCUCGGGUAUUUACCGCAGGAGCUCCUGGGCACCUCUUGCUACGAGUAUUUCCAUCACGAUGAUAUAGGGCAUCUGGCCGAAUGCCACAGGCAAGUCCUACAGACCAGAGAGAAGAUAACAACCAAUUGUUUUAAGUUCAAAAUCAAGGACGGCUCCUUCAUCACCCUGAAAAGUCGCUGGUUCAGUUUCAUGAACCCGUGGACCAAAGAAGUAGAAUAUAUCGUCUCCACCAACACAGUUGUCUCGGCCAACAUUAUUGAUGCUGCAGACUCUACAUUCUCUCAUUUGUCAACAUCUCCCCCAAACAUGAACAGUGUACUACAGUCUGGUGAAGCAGGCGGCACAAAAAGGAACCACCAGGCAGUUCCUGGCAUUCCAGGUGGAACAAGUGCUGGCGCUGGCAAGAUUGGCAGAAUGAUUGCAGAUGAGAUACUGGAAUUUCACAGGACAAGGGGCUCCUCUCCAUCGAGCUGUGGGUCCAGCCCUCUCAAUUUCAGCACCCCACCUCCAGAUGUGUCUUCUCCAGGAGGCAAAAAGAUGUCCAAUGGCGGAGGUAUUGAUCCAGUGUCCACAUUAGUGCCUGGAAUGGACAGUUCGGGUUUCCCAUACUCAGACAGUUCAUCAAUACCAGGCGACAGCUCUCACAUGGACACGUACAUGACGGAAACAGAACACGGGUCCAGUAGCCCCAGUAACGACGAGGCAGCCAUGGCGGUCAUCAUGAGCCUCUUAGAGGCGGACGCGGGUCUGGGUGGCCCUGUGGAUUUCAGUGACUUACCUUGGCCUUUGUGAUACCGAUACAGAAGAACCUGCAGUAUCAAAGUGCAUUAUUGAAGCUUAACUGUUUCGCUACCAAAGGGACCGUCACAACCUUGCUCUGCAGUAAAACAUAGGGGCCAGAGGUGGCAGUCACAGGUGGCAGUUGCACUGCUAAUUGCUUUUAUGGACACAAUCAUGGAAGCCAUAUGAGAUCACUAUUCGCGCUGUAUCCCGCCUCAUGUCCGUACACAAGCAGACAGUUUAAAUGAACGAAGAACUGGGAUUAUUUUGGGCCCUAAAACUGUCAGACUGCAGCUGUCAUUUCCCAGCCUGACUGAUUGGACAGCACUGGGCAGGGGGUGCAGUUGCAACUGUUGGCUCUGGCCAAAUCAGGCAAAGAUCCAGACAUUUGGUGACCAGGUCAUGUCCGCAGAUGUAGAUGUGCAUAGCGGGCGUGGCCAACCUUGGUCUUUCCUGACACGGAUCUACAGUGGGAGGAGCACAGGCUGCCCCACCCAUAGCUCCCAUUAGCUGUCUCAUUUGAAAUCAUCCAUGUUACCCAUGUUUAAAUAAUUGUGCAUAUAUAUAUAUAUAUAUAUAUAUAUAUAUAUAUAUAUACAUACAUACAUACAUACAUACAUACAUACAUACAUAUAUACACAUGCAAACUGUCAUUUCAACGUUUUUACACGGCAGAGGCGCCCCCGUGUGGCUAUUUCUUAUACUAAUAAUUGUACAAAGUUGUUCUAUUGUAAGAAACCUUUCUGCUAUAAAUGGUACAGUGUCAUAGUUUUUUAAAUAAAGUUGUUCUAUAAA